AUGCCAGCCUACGAACUCCGAUCCGGUGGUGAUGUCAAGAACAAGAAGCAGAGUGUGGCCGACCUCAAGUACCGUCGCCUGACAGAGCUCAAUGCCCGGCUAAAGGAGGAUCUUGACCGUCCCCGCGUCAAGGUCUCGGAAGCCGCCUUGUCUCUGAUCAACUAUUGCAACAACACUCGCGACUUUAUGGUACCAUCCGUAUGGGGUCAGGUCGACAAGCGGGAGGAUCCCUACGCACCCCAGCAGCAGGGCGGCUGCUGCACAGUCAUGUAA